GAGUGGAAAUUCUGAAGAACUCGCACCUGGACGAUCUGGGGAGGCACAGCAUGGAGCUGGUGAGGCCGAUCAAGAUCGAUCCGCCGCUUCACGAUCACGAUCUCAUCUUCGAUCAGCUGCACGACAACGAGGAUCAUCCGAUUUUGAGGCACCACAGCGGACAUUUUCGGCACACGGCCGCCGAAGUGUGGGACCCCCAUCCCCAGUACGAGAUCCAAGCGUUCGGGCAGGUGCUCGUCUUGGAGCUGUCGUUCAACUACAAGUUCGUCUCGCCGAACCUCCAGGUGACGCACGUUUGGGAGAACUACACGAGGCGGGCGAUGCACGAUCCCAAAGCGAGCGGCUGCUUCUACACGGGGAAGGUUAAAGGCGAGAAAAAUUCCGACGUUGCCGUCUCCCUGUGCAACGGAAUGACCGGAUACAUUCGGACCUCGGAAGGGAAUUACUACAUCGAACCCGUUGAGAAAUUUCGCAACGACUCGAUCGCGAGCAUAAUGCAUCGCAUAAAAAAAGUGGCGCACAAGACAGAGGCGGACGACCUGGACGCAACGACGUCGACCGAGUUAUGCGAAGUAAAAGAAAACACGACGAUCAUCGACGACGAUUUUCUCAUCGGCAAGGAGGAGUACAAGCACUUCGUCCACAAGCGCGACGUGACGCAAUCCAGGCCACGCAGAGAUGUCCUCUUCGAAGAUGACAACAUCGAGUUCGUGCCGAUCGCUCCAAAGGCGAGAUCGGGCAACCAUCAGGAGUUUCACAUAGAAACACUGAUCGUCGCCGACAAGACGAUGGCGCAAUACCACAACACCGACGAGGACCUCAAUCACUACAUUCUCACGUUGAUGUCUCAUGUAGCUCUUCUCUUCAAGCAUGCCACUAUCGGUAACCCAAUUUCUCUUGCCGUCGUCGAAAUCGUCACGCUGAAGGAGACCGAGUUUCUGAGUAACACUUCCGACGAGAUGCUGAAGAAGUUCUGCAACUGGCAGGCGCAGCACGCCGAACGUACCCAGAAGCAAUACGAUACGGCGCUUCUACUUACUCGCGAAUCGAUUUGUAAAAAUCUAACCGCCCAAGUUUGUAACACGUUGGGCGUCGCCGAAGUUGGAUCGAUGUGCAAUUCGAAUUCGAGCUGUGCCAUUGUCAGAGAUAAGGGACUGUCGACCUCGUAUAUAAUUGCGCAUGAACUGGGACACGUCUUAAGCAUGCCGCACGACGACGACGACAAGUGCGUGAAAUACAACAAGGGCGAAAAGGCGAACAUCAUGAGCAAGGUCUUGCAGAACGACACGAAACCGUGGCUGUGGUCGGCGUGCUCGAGGCACUAUCUCACCGACUUUCUCGAAUCGAGCAAGUCGUCGUGUCUUUUCGACGAGCCGAACAGAGACAUCAUCACGUCCCAGUUCAUACAGCGACUGCCCGGCGAACGUUUCAAGGUCGAUCGUCAGUGCGAGCUCGAGUUCGGGAUCGGUUACAAGCUGUGCCCAUUCGAAAUUGCCUCCUGUGGAAGCUUAUGGUGCACGAGGGAGGACAUGGAGGGGUGCAAGACGCAGCACAUGCCAUGGGCCGACGGUACCAAGUGCGGGGAGUCCAGCUGGUGCCACCACGGGGAGUGCAUUCCAAACAAUCGUAAUCUGCUGGAGCCGGUCGAAGGCGGUUGGGGACCGUGGAUGCCGUGGGGCUUUUGUUCGCGAACCUGCGGCGGCGGCGUUAAGAUGUCGAAACGCAAUUGCGAUUCGCCACCGCCGACGAACGGCGGCGCCUACUGCAAGGGAAAAAACGUGCGCUACGCCUCCUGCAAUUAUCUUCCGUGCGAUUCCGAAUUGCGCGACUUUAGGGAGGUGCAGUGCGCCGAGUUCGACGGAAUGACGAAGGGAAUUCGCGGAUUGUCGGACGAGGUUAAGUGGAUACCUAAGUAUGGCAUGGAGAGCUCGGAUGAUUUCUGCAAAUUGUACUGCAGAGUGAAGCAUUCCACCUCGUAUUACAUGCUGAAAGAUAAAGUGAUCGACGGCACGAAAUGCGGCCUAAACACAUUCGAUAUUUGCGUGAAUGGCAUUUGCAAGCACGCGGGUUGCGAUAAUCGGCUCGAUUCACCGACAACGCUCGACGAGUGCGGCGUGUGCGGCGGCGACAAUAGCAAGUGCGAGGAGAUCACCGGCACCUACAACAUAAGCGCCUACGGUUACACUCGCGUGGUCCGAUUACCCAAAGGCAGCUCGAAUUUGCACAUCUCGCAGCGGGGUUACGAGAACACCAACGCCGACGAUAAUUUCCUAGCACUGGUCGACGGAGAGACCGGGGCCUAUCUUUUGAAUGGGAACUUUGUCGUGUCCCAGUUUUUGAAGGAGGUGCCUUUCGGCGGUAUGACAAUCACGUAUAGCGGCUCGGAUGAGAUCGUCGAGUACAUAAAAACCCCCAAAAACCUUCGAUUGGCCAAAGACCUCGUGCUCGAGGUGCUAUCAGUGGGACGCUUGCAUCCACCGGACAUCCGUUACCGCUACACGAUUAAGAGCAACGAAGCGCCCAGGUACGGUUGGCAGGUGGACUCGGAGCACUGGACCAAGUGCAGCUCGAUGUGUAGCGGCAAGAAGUUUCUUCGCCCCUACUGCAUCGAGCUAGGCACCACGCAUCGGGUCCACGAGAACUACUGCUCGGAUUCGGAGAUAAACAACUUGGUUCAACAGAAAGACUGCAAUACUCACUGCCAGUUCCUAUGGAACAUAACCUCGCGCGGCCAGUGCUCGUCGCAAUGCGGCAAAGGGCUGCGGCCCAUAUUUUACAACUGCGUCAAAGUGGAAAAUCUGUACUCGCACGAUCAGGUACCGGUCAAUAACAAGCACUGCGCCAUUUUACCUAAGCCAUCCGAGACGGAGGAGUGCCUCGGACUGUGCCCGUCCAAUCAUUGGGAGUACGAUAGCUGGUCGGAAUGCAGCGCGACAUGCGGCGGCGGUUCUCAGAUGAGAAGCGCCAUCUGCUUGGACCGUAACAAUCAACGUAUUAGCAAUCUGCAUUGCAAUAGCGAGGAAAAAAAUGUCAGGCAAAGCUGUAACAAUCACAUGUGCCCAUUGUGGGCGUGCGACGAAUGGAACCAGUGCUCGGUCUCGUGCGGCACCGGCGUUCAAACUCGGCCCUGCUACUGCAACGUGGACGGUCACAUUCAUAACAUCAGCGCCUGCGAUCCGAACGAUCUUCCGAUCGUCGGCGCGGAAAAGGUGAGACUGCAGCACUCGCAGAAGGCGCUGACGAUCGAGAAGGAGUGCAGUCAUCGGCCCUGCGUGUAUUGGUCGGCGGACCCGUGGGGCGAGUGUAACGCGACGUGCGGGGAGGGCGCGCAGAGGCGCGAGGUGCAUUGCCGCGUCGUCGAUUCGGGCCCGAUCGACGACGACUUCUGCGAUUAUCUCCUCAAGCCUAACGUUACCAAAAGUUGUUUCAAAUCGAAAUGUGAGGAGUAUUUUCCGCAUAGGGGGAACGAUUACGAGAAUUUCCUCCAUUUUUUUUCACGAGACAACUUGGGGUACAAAUGGGUUACGGCUGCGUGGAGUAAGUGUACGAAAAGCUGCGGCACUGGUACUAAGUCACGAAUGGUCGUCUGCCGGAACAAGUAUGGGAACGAAGAUGUGUCGGAGUGCGAUCGGAGGGAGGUCCCCGUGAACGUUGUCGCGUGCAAUGUGCAUCCGUGUCCCAAGUGGAACUUCGGGGGUUGGAGCGAGUGCGAUUUAAAAUGCUUGCAACAUCGACAAGUCAGUUGCCAGACUUCCACCGGUGACAUAGUCGAAGAUGAUCAGUGCGACUUGAAGCAGAAACCGCACAAGUCGUCCGUGUGUAACAGCGCCCAUUGCAUACGAACGGUGGUGAACGACAAGAGGAACUACUACACCGUGGACACUCGCAAUCCGUCCCCGGAAAAGCGCUACAGGUGGAAGUAUCAGCAUUGGGGAAGGUGCUCGAACACGUGCGGAAAGGGAACGAGAACUAGGAUCAUUCGCUGCAUCGAUACGGUAAAUGCCGUGACCGUCGUCGACGAAUUCUGUAGCGGAUUAAGAAAACCGAAGACUACGCAGGAUUGUGAGCGGACUAAUUGCAACUACGUGUGGUUGGAAGGUGUCUGGUCGCAGUGUUCUCAAACUUGUGGCGAGGGAUUUAAACACCGCAACGUCACUUGCCAUCAAGUACUUAAAGGCGGUCUAGUAGAUCCGGCGCCCCUUCCCGAUUUGUACCCGCACAUCAGAUCCCACUACUGCGAGUUACACUCGCGACCCGCAACGACGCAGAGAUGCCUCGACAACAACUGCGACGACGUGUAUUCGUGGUCAGUCGGAAAGUGGAGCGAAUGCUCUCAUCCCUGCGGAAAGAAAGGUCGCCAAUUUCGGAACUUGUACUGCGUGAGCCGCGACGGCAAGCGAAUCGAUCGCGGCGCAUGCUCGAAGAAGUUGAAACCGAGAAAGAAGCGGAAGUGCAACAAGCACAUCUGCCUGUACAGGAAUUGCAGGGAAAUCAAACACUACCAGCGGACGAGCGCGAACAAGGACUACUACAUAACGCUCAGCAACAGGACCGCGCAGAUCUACUGCUACAAGAUGGACACUCCCGAGCCCGAAGAGUUCAUCAGCCUCAAAUUCGAACAGGAGAAUUUCGCCGAGAUGUACGAUCGGAGCCUCAACGAUCGCGGCUCGUGUCCGCCGAUCGACAGGGGCGACGACUGCGACUGCGUGCCGCUAGGGCCCGAUCGCGCCGGCUACACCUCGUUUUGGAAGGUACGGUUGAACGUCACCUCCUUGCGGAUAAUCGCCGACGAUUUCACGUUCUCCAGGCAGAACGGCAAGAAAAUUCCGUACGGAACUGCCGGCGAUUGCUUCAGCGAGCGGGAGGGCUGCGUGCGCGGCCGAUUCUCGAUUAAUCUCACCGACACUUCGUUUCGAUUGGCGGAAAGUGUACGGUGGAUUCACAACGGCCAUAAAGCGAGCGCGCAAAUUCGAACAAAGGAGAGAGGGGUGACGGGAGUCUGCGGAGGUUUCUGCGGAACCUGCCUGCCCGAUCCCAGCAUCGGUCUCCAGCUCGAGAUCAGAUAGUACUUACACGCACCUGUCCUCUGUGAGGAUCCAUUUAAACAAGGAACUACGUAACCGAAUGCGUACCUAACAGUAUUCACAAACCUCUUGUAUAGGUAAGUUAGAACGGACGUCUUAAUUGUUAACGUAUAGCUGCUCGUAUUGUGUUCAUUUUGGAUCAAGUAGCUUUUUUGUAGCUAAUUUGUACAGAUCUAGGCUUUAUAAUAAUUAAUUUGUUAUCGGUUUUAUAAUUUAAGAAAAAGACUGUAUAUUAUUUUUUACUAAGAAAUACUCAGUAGAUUAGAACGUGACACUCGGCUCUCUCUUGCUCUACAUUUUUUUUAUAUGUCGAUCAAAUCUUAUUUAUUCGUAAUUCAAAUUAUUUAUUUAUACGUACGAUAGCGAAAGAGGCAAACCUGUUAUCCGAAGUUGACAUUGCAUUUUCAUUAUUUUCUAAAUGUUUGUAUUGUUGUUUUAACAUUUAGUGCUCAUUUUACCAUUAAACACCUUUACUUAUUUUAUUUUUAAA